UAUCUAGCAGCACACCACACACCCACGCACCCAACCCAACCCAGCCCACGCUCUCCCGAGCUAUCUCCGACCAGCACCCCGGGGCGCGCAAGGCCGUCGCCUACGUAGUGCGUAGGUAGUGUAGAGGAGGGACGUGCUAGCGAUGUACGUGGUAGGCAAACGCGGGGCGUGCUUGUGCUCAGGAGACGAGCUGGGAGCUGUCUCGCGAGGAAGAUGGAAGAGACUAGGGAAGACGGACUGACUGAAGGUCUGGCCUACCUGGCCUUGUCCUGUCCUGCCUCGCGCUCACGUCCUGCCUCCCGUCGCGUCUCUCACGUCUCUCUCUGUGUCUGUGUCUGUGUGUGUAUGUGUAUGUGCGUGCAUGCUCGUGUCGCUGCCACAGCACACAAUAGCGGCUCGAAACGACGUCGAUCCGGAAGGCGAUCGCUAGGGCUGUGGGUGGGAGGGAGUAGGCAGGGACAAGGACAAGGUAAGGACAAGGUAAGGGCAAGGUCAAGGUGGUGGGUAGGUGGGGGUAGGCAAGGGCGCGGAAAGUUCGGGGCGCGGCCUGGCGGGCGGGCGGGCGUGCGGUGCGGUGCGGUGCGGUGCGUGGUGGAAGGAAGGUUGAUAAGGGGAGAAGACUGAGCGCGGGGGCGGGCGGACGAGCGGACAGCAGGGACGUAGUAGAAGCGGCUGUGUUAGAGAGAGUCGAGAGUGGCUUUGGGCGGCCG